AGUAACUCAUAACUCUGUUGACCUUGACUCUUGUGGUCCGCGCUCCGGUCCAGCACAAAGCUGAAGCGGGUAUUUAACAUCAGCAGGACCACCGAGCGGCUCCGAGUCUCUGUCCUGAACCCUCAUAAUGCAUGGGGGCAAGAGAGGACUGGUGGCUCCGCAGAACACUUUUCUGGAAAAUAUAGUCCGGCGCUCCAGCGAAACCAGUUUCCUGUUGGGAAAUGCACAGAUCUUGGAGUGGCCGGUCGUUUACAGCAACGAUGGAUUCUGCAAACUGUCUGGAUACCACAGAGCUGAAGUUAUGCACAGGAGCAGUUCGUGCAAUUUCAUGUAUGGUGACCUGACUGAUAAGAAGACAAUAGAAAAAAUCAGACAGACCUUUGAAAACUAUGAGUCCAAUUUCUAUGAGGUGCUGCUCUACACAAAGAACAGAACACCGAUAUGGCUCUACAUGCAGGUAGCUCCAAUCAGAAAUGAGAACAACAAGGUGGUGCUUUUCCUCUGUACCUUCAGAGACAUUACCCUCUUCAAACAGCCGAUUGAAGAUGAAGCAACUAAAGGAUGGCCGAAGUUUGCCAGACUGACAAGGGCAUUGACCAACAAUCGCAACCUGGUGCAGCAGAUAGCACCGCUGAGCAAGACUGAGGUCAGCCAUAAGCCCUCCAGACUGGCUGAGGCUCUCCAGCUGGGAUCAGACAUCCUCCCUCAGUACAAACAGGAGGCCCCCAAGACCCCUCCACACAUCAUCCUCCACUACUGCACCUUCAAGACCACCUGGGACUGGGUCAUCCUCAUCCUCACCUUCUACACCGCCAUCAUGGUGCCCUACAACGUCUCCUUUAAGACAAAGCAGAACAAUUUGGCCUGGCUGGUGCUGGACAGUGUUGUAGACGUCAUCUUUCUGGUCGACAUUGUGCUCAACUUUCACACUACCUUUGUGGGUCCUGCUGGAGAGGUCAUUUCAGACGCCAAGCUCAUACGAAUGAAUUACCUGAAGACGUGGUUCGUCAUCGACCUGCUGUCCUGUCUGCCCUAUGACAUCAUCAACGCCUUUGAACAUGUAGACGAGGAUGUCAUCACAUCUGCUUCUCGAGCGAGUCAUCUCCGUGACUCUUCAGUUUUCCACAGGAAUACCACACGAACAGAAGACUCUGUACUCCCAGGUCUCAGCAGCUUGUUCAGCUCCCUGAAGGUCAUUCGUCUGCUGCGACUGGGCCGAGUAGCCCGGAAGUUGGACCACUACCUGGAGUACGGAGCAGCUGUUCUGGUUCUGCUGGUGUGUGUCUUUGGUCUGGUGGCCCACUGGCUGGCCUGCAUCUGGUACAGCAUCGGGGACUAUGAGGUCAUCGACGAGACCACCAACACCAUUAAGACUGACAGUUGGCUCUACCAGUUGGCGCUGAGCAUUGGAACACCUUACCGCUAUAACGCCAGUGGUACAGGAAAGUGGGAGGGAGGUCCCAACAAGGACACGCUGUACAUUUCUUCUCUCUACUUCACCAUGACAAGUCUCACCACCAUCGGAUUUGGAAACAUCGCUCCGGCUACAGAUGGCGAGAAGAUUUUCUCCGUGGCUAUGAUGAUGGUGGGCUCGCUGCUUUAUGCAACCAUCUUUGGAAAUGUUACCACCAUCUUCCAGCAGAUGUACACCAAUACAAACCGCUACCACGAGAUGCUCAACAACGUGCGCGACUUCCUGAAGCUCUAUCAGGUUCCUAAAGGUCUAAGUGAAAGGGUCAUGGACUUUAUCGUCUCCACCUGGGCCAUGUCUAAGGGCAUUGACACAGAUAAGGUUCUCUCAAUUUGUCCUAAAGACAUGCGGGCAGACAUCUGCGUCCACCUCAACAGGCAGGUGUUCAACGACCACCCGGCGUUUCGUCUGGCCAGCGACGGCUGCCUGCGCUCUCUAGCUGUGGAGUUUCAGACCACACACUGUGCACCUGGAGACCUCAUCUUUCAUAUUGGAGAGAGUGUCGACACCCUCUGCUUUGUAGUCUCCGGUUCGCUAGAAGUCAUCCAGGAUGAUGAGGUCAUAGCAAUACUAGGUAAAGGUGAUGUGUUUGGAGACGUGUUCUGGAAAGAGACCACGAUGGCCCGCGCCUGUGCAAAUGUCCGAGCUUUGACUUACUGCGAUCUGCACGUCAUCAGGAGAGACGCUCUCAUGAGGGUGCUGGAGUUUUACACCGCAUUUGCCAACACGUUCUCCCGCAACCUCAUCCUCACCUGCAAUCUACGAAAAAGGAUAAUCUUCAGAAAGAUUGCUGAUGUGAAGCGGGAGCAGGAGCACCAGAGGAACCAGGUGGCUCUCUCCAUCCCUGAUGACCACCCGGUCCGCAAACUCUUCCAGAGGUUCAGGCAGCAGAGAGAUUCUCAAAUACCGGGAGAGUCUAACUCUUACUUUGAUCAUAACUGUGUGCAGGUGGAGCCGCAGCACCACCAUCGCACGGACCCAAACUCUUACACGCAGUGUCCGUCUGCGUCUCCUCAGCAGCAGGAGUACAGCUCCAUGGUGCAGAAUAAUGCACCCUGCACAGCAGGGGGGAAUGCAGGCAACGGCUGCGAGGUGGCUGCACCUUCGAAAACGCUGGUCCACACUGAGACGUCGGAGCGAUGCAGCACACAAGAGGCUGGGGAGGCCAUAGCGAGGCUCUGUGCUGAGAGCCAGCUGUGUCAGAAGGUCAACAGCCCUGCACGGAGCAGCAGCACAGGUGGAGAAGCAGCUGGAGGUGGUGUCACUGGCAGCAGAGGUGCUCGAGGCUGGGCAAAGUUUAGAAACGCUGCUUCAGCUGCUCCAACUGCUCCACCUGCUCCACCUGCUCCACCUGCUCCACCGCCUCCUGCUGCCGAGCCAGAAAAGAAGCCACCAAAAGCAAAAGAGUGGCCAAAAGGAUCCCAGUCCUCCGAACAGUUAGCAGCCGCCAACAAGAACCAGGACAUGGAGGAAGGUGGAGAGAUACGGAGCACAGAGGGGGGCAACAGUGCAGGAGAGGCAGGUGAAGAGAUAAGCGCCCUGCACAAAACUGACUCCUGUGACAGUGGCAUCACAAAGAGUGAUCUACGCAUCGACCGAGCCGGAGAUUCAAGAAGCUCCUUUGAAAGAAGUCCGCUGGAAAAGAGCCCGAUGGAGAGAAACCCAUUUGAGCACAGUCUCGGGGUCGAGUCCCUCAAACACUCUUUUGUUCAGCCGGUGUCUGAGCAGGCGCUGCUUCAAGCCACCCUGCAGGAGGCCAAGCUGGAGCUGAAGGGAGACAUUCAGAAACUGAGCGGCCGCCUGUCGGUGCUCGAGUCUCAGGUGAGCGAAAUCCUCCGGCUGCUGUCCAUAAAAAGGAGACUCUCACUACCACCGACUUCUUCCCCGAAGGCCAGAGUGAAAAAUCAAGACUCAGUGACUGCCUGUAUGCCGGUCACACCGAAAGCAGAUGAAGGGCCUUUUUGA